AUGCUUUUAUAUUUAUUAUUGACUUUUUUUGUAACUAUAACAGCUCAUCAAUGUCCUCCAUCUCGAAUAUUAAUCGAAAAUCAAUUAAAAAAUGUUCAUAUUCCUGGUCUUGCAGCAAUCGUUGUAAAUUCAAGUAAUAUUCUCUAUGAAGAAGGUUUUGGUUAUCAUUCACCUAUUUCAAAUCAAUAUCCAAUUGAUCCAUCAAAAUCAAUAUUUGUUUUAGCUUCUCUUUCAAAAACAUUCAUUGCUCUUGCAACAAUGCAAUUAGUCGAAAAAGGUCAACUCAAUCUUAAUGUUGAUAUUAAUCAAUAUUUAAAAUUUCCAAUGAGAAUAUCUCAUCCAUUAUUUCCAUAUUCAAUUAUAACUAUGCGUCAUAUACUUUCACAUUCAUCUGGUCUUGGAUCAAAUUAUGAAGAAGAAUUUCAUCAUGGAAUGUCAGGUGAUGAUUUUAUAAAAACAAAUUUAACAGAUGUUAUUCUUCGAUAUUUAUUAAAUAAAGCAAGUUGGUUAUCUGAGCCACCAGGUAAUGCAACAUAUUAUACAAAUGUUGGUGCUGCUUGGGGUGCUCUUAUUAUUG